GGAAGUGUAGGCUGUAAUAUAUGCCUGUAUGUGUCUGCAUUCACUGGGUAGCCCCCAUUAUCUUUGUGCCGUGCCAUUUGGUGAGAGACAUGUUAGAGAUAAUUUUGUCAAUUGUGACAGAAUGGGCAUUGUCACAAUGGAUCUUUCUCCACGUUAUGGUCUCAGGUACUUGCUCUCUGGUCACAAUCCACCAGCCUCCUGUGCUUACCACUGCUCUGGGUCAUGAUGUUGUAAUGCCGUGCCAUCUUACCCAUGAUGAGAAAAUGCUGACCCCAUCAGUUUUGUAUUGGACAGACACCAACAAUGUCAGAGUGUGGAGGCCCUCUGAGAAUUAUGAGGGACGUGUUGACCUUUUGGACCAUGAUGUGCUCUCUUUAAACAAGUCAUUACUCCUCAGGAAGGUCAAGUGGACCGACGGUAGGAAGUACCUGUGCAAAGUCUCCAUCACUCUCCAGGAUAAACGUUUCAGGAUGAGUGGAAAUGGAACUUUACUGAUGGUUUAUGACACCGUGAACUUUAAACCCACCAGUCACAAUCAGUCUCUGCUCUGCUGUGAAGUAAACGUGACCCAGGGUCCUGGAUUUGUUUUGUCCAUUUUUCACAUUGGAUACAACCUCCAAACUGUUGACACUGCUCCAGGAAAUGUGUCAGCUCUGCCCUACGUCACACUUUCUCAAACAAUUUAUCUGAGGAAUAAAGGAAAAUAUGAGUGUCAGCUGCACCUGAACGAAGAGCUGGUGGCGAAAAACAUCUACUACCAUCUGCCUGUGCCUGGAGAUGGUGGAGAUGCUGAAAAAAAUGUUUCGGUAACAUGUUCAACAACUGUGUCUGAGCCAGAUGUGGAGGUGUUUCCAGAGCCGUGGUUUCUGUAUGUGGCUCUCCUCCUGGUGCCCGUCACCAUCCUUCUGAGCCUCGUAACUGCGAUGCUGAUGUACAGAUGCUGUGUUUGUCUGCCUUGAAUGGAGGCUUAACAAUGGAGAUCCAGGCUGCUCGGGAGUAAAAAGACCCCUUACUCAUCUUCAAUAUCAAAGACAUUCAUAACCAGUCAUCUACUUUGAGGAUCGAUCUUCCCUGUCAGUUAGGGUCAUCGUCAUUAACUGGAGUAGAACUGUUUGAAAACAGAUGUUUUCCUUUUCUCUAAAUUAUUAUAUGGCAGGGUUUGAUACAUCAUCACUUUAUAGUGGAGGGUGCCUGUGACUAACAGUGUGAUUUUUAUUCCCACUGGAACAAGAAACUCACUUCCUUUUGCAAUUUCACUGCAAAAUAAAGCCUAAAAACAUCACAACAUGCAUUGCAAUUUUUUGGGGGGUCAUUUUAUGCCACAAAAAAAAAAAACCUGCCUGCGAAAUCCUGGAGGGACUGAUUUAAGGAAGACAUCAUUACAAAUCAUUUCUUAUUCCAAAUGUUUAGUGGGAUUAGUUAGGGAAUUAGAUAGGGAACAUGUAAUGAGUUACAACUUUUAUGAAGAUUCCUCCGCUCAUUCACAAUGUUUACUGUAUUUGUAUAGUAUUGCACAGAAAGGUGACAGAAUAUUACAGUGCUUACAGUAUAUAUAGGAAGUCAGAUAUGAAUACUCACUGCUUUUUGCUCUUGUUCAUUCAUUCUUACUGCUCUUUGGUUGAAUAUGUAUAGACUCAUGUUGAUACUUGUUAUGUGUUUUGAAUUUCAAGGAAGGAUUUGCUUUACAUAUUUAUAUGUAUAUCUGUAUAUUUAUAUAUAGAAAUCUAAAUAAACCUUUGUCCGCAA